AUAUUUUCUCUAUUUCUCAAAGCUGAACAAUCAAUAGCUACUCAUUUGCAACUUGGCCUUAAAAAAAAUAUCUUGUCUAUUUCUCAAAGCUGGCCCUCACAAGUCGCAAACCUUUAAAAGCGUAGCAAAUAUACGCUUAGUAUAAACCCAAAGUAAGCAAAGGCAAUGAAACCAAAAACCAUGACGCAUCCUUAAACACAGACACAAUCACCUCGCGAUUCGAUCCCCUCAAACAAACUAAAUGUCGACCCAAGACUCCCAAGACUCCUCCCACUGGCGCUACGCCGACGUCGACGACCGCAACUUCCACCUCCACGGCCGCACCCUCCUCCUCCUCGUCGUCCUCCUAGCACUCCUCCUCUUCUUCACCCUCUUCUGCAUCUACGUCCGAUGGGCCUGCCGCGCACGUGAUUCGGGAAGCGCGCACAGCUGGCCAGGACGAAACCCUGUGCGGGCUCGGCCGGGAGAUGUCAUCGGACAAGCUUGCCCCUGCCAGACGAACCCUGUGGGGCUCGGCCGGAGAGUCAUCGACAGCUUGCCCGUGCAGCUGCACGGUAAAGAUCGAAUGGGAUUAGGCGAGGAAUCAAUGUGUUCGAUUUGCUUGAGUGUGUUUGUGGAGGGAGAGAAGGUGAAGGUGCUGCCGGAGUGCGGGCAUGUGUUUCAUACGGCGUGCGUGGAUGAGUGGUUCAGGACGCAGUGUAGCUGCCCAAUGUGUCGCGCUACUUUGAAGGAGUUCCAUAGAGAUGCUGAUAUUAAAGUUUAAGAUUAUGUCUAUUAGAUAGCUGGCAUAGAAAAAAAAUUAUUUGAAUUAGUCUAGACUAAAUUCAAUUAAUGAUGAUGAAGCUUGAGUUUGAGAUGGGAACUGAUUGUGUUGAUUAUGUUUAUCAUACAGUUAUGAUGUAUUUAGUUAGAAA